GAAAAUGGAAACCAAAGAAGCCCUUGGGAAAGAAGGCAUGGGAGCCAAGAGGAAGAAUUUGACCUUCUUGAAGCACAGACUGUACAUGUUGGAGAGAAGGAAGACAGACACUGUUGUUGAGAACAGUGUUUCUGUGGACCAGGGUAACUCUGGCACUUUGAGGAGGAGCCAAUCCGACAGGACAGAAUACAGCCAGAAGUUACAAGAAAAGAUGGCCCCACAAGCUGGGUCCUUGUCACCCGUCACUUCACUGCAGGAGAAUGAAGAGCAGCUGACCAGGCGAAUGAUGGCCAAGAGGGUAAAAAUCAUUGCAGAACUGGUGCAGACAGAGAAAGACUACCUCCAUGACCUGGAGCUGUGCAUCAGGGAAGUGGUUCAGCCCUUGAGACACAAGCAGAUUGUUAGGUUUGACGUGGAUGGCUUGUUUAGCAACAUUGAAUCAGUCCAUCAAAUAUCAGCCAAACUGCUGUCAUUGUUGGAAGAAGCCACAGCAGACGUGGACCCACCCAUGCAAGUAAUUGGAGAAGUGUUCUUGGAGAUUAAAGGCCCACUAGAAGACACAUAUAAAAUCUACUGCUACCACCAUGACGAUGCGCACACCAUGCUCGAAUCCUAUGAAAAGGAUGAAGAACUGAAACAGCAUUUAAAACACUGCGUACAGUCAUUAAAAAAGAUAUAUGAGGAAGAAGGAAAACCAAAUUUAAUGGAUAUGGGAUCCCUGAUGAUCAAACCAAUACAGCGUGUGAUGAAAUACCCCUUGUUACUGUGCGAGCUCUUGAAUUCGACUCCUGCUUCCCACCCUGACCACAAGGCACUGCAAGAUGCCUUUGCUGCUGUGAAAGACAUUAAUGUGAACAUCAAUGAACUUAAAAGAAGGAAAGACUUAGUGUUGAAGUACAAGAAGAAUGAUGAAGAAGAAUCUCUUAAAGAGAAGUUUUCCAGACUGAAUAUUCACUCCAUUAGCAAGAAAUCCAAGAGGGUUACUAGCCACCUGAAAAUUCUGACGGGGGGAGAGCCUCAGGUGAAAGACCAGACCUUUAAUAAGGAGGAAAAGCUAUUUAGAAGUUUAGAAAAGACUGUGAAAUUUUGCGUGAAGAAUAUUUCAUUCUCCCUACAACAUCUACAGGAUUCCAUGCUUCUAGCUGCACAGAAUAUAACUGAACUACAAGGUAUUUUACACCACAAAGAUGAUGAAGACAAUGGCUGUUCAAAAAUAUUGAAUAACAUUGGAAACCCCUGUGAAGGCUUUGUGGAUCAACUGGAAAAGCUGGUUUCCCCUCUCUCAGCUCUACUAGCCUUGUUUCCAGGCCCCCAGAAGCUUAUCCAGAAGCGUUAUGACAAGUUGCUGGAUUACAAUGGCUACCUUGAAAGGUCAGCAGGAGAUGAACUUGAUCUGGCAAAGAAGGACUAUGAGGCUCUCAAUGCACAGCUUGUGGAGGAACUUCAGGUGUUCAACAGGACGGCCAAGAUGAUUGUGAUGAACUGUCUGCAUUGCUUCAUCACUCUCCUCAGGGACAUGAUGUCCUCAGCAUUUCAGUCAUAUUCAACCAUUGUGGUGCCUGUUCCGCUGUCUUCCUCAAGUAUCUGUGAAGUACAAAAUCAGGUAUUAGAAGAGUUCCACAAUCUAAAUUUUGUAAAAGAAAACAGCAGUGCAACAUUUAUUGAGCGAAAACUGAGCUUUGAAAAGAAGAAACCUGCCCCUACCCAGCCUGAAUCGCCACGUCAGACAGAGAGCCAGAGAUCUAAGCUACUGUCUACAUACACCACAGAAUCACUAUAUCAAGCUAAGCGCAAAUGCAAUGCCACACAGGAAUUUGAUAUAGAUUUAUAUGAAGGUGAGCUGGUGGCUGUUGUUGAGCAAAAAGAUCCCUUUGGAAGUACAAGCAGGUGGCGUGUUGACACAGGAAUUCAUAAAGGGUAUGUGUAUUCCUCCUUCCUGAAGCCCUACAAUCCAGCCAAGGUGCAGAAGGAUAUAGCAGAAACCAGUUUCUAUGAUGACGAUUUCGAUAAUAUCAGCCUUUUUGUCUCUUCACGGCCUACCAAUGAUAGCAGUGCAAGAAAUCUAGGACAUAAGAGGAGUGACAGCAGUUCGUCUAAUAAUAGCCUAUGUGAAAAACCUGCAAUUAAUGGGACAGAGACUGAUCACGAUGUGGAUGAUCAACAUACUUUCUAUGCUGUUUAUGCAUUUCAAGCAAGAAGCCAUCAGGAACUCAGUCUUCAGGAGUACCAGCGGGUUCGGAUACUCCAGUUUUCUGACCUGAGCGGCAAUAAAGAAUGGUGGUUAGCAGAAGCCAAAGGACAGAAAGGAUAUGUACCUGCUAAUUAUCUUGGGAAGAUGACAUAUGCAUAGGAACAGAAAGGAUUGUUGGGACUAGUUUCUCUGAAAUAGAGACUCAUAGUCAGAAUAAUAAUCUGUUAUAUUUACAGCAAGCAGAGUGAACGCACAAGUGAUUUAUAACCCAGCUAUAAUAUCUGGAGAGGUACACAGGCUACACUGAGAACUCUUACAUGCUAAAAGCCAUUACUUUGUCAAGACCUGAGGAAGAGGAAGUGUUUAACAAGAUUCUUUCUGAUGAACGUCCUGGAGAGCUUGUUAUUUCUUUACUCAUUCAUUCACUCUCUUAGUACCAUACUUCAUAAAACAGGAGUUAACACACAAAACAAAGUACAGCUAAACUUACACCUUCCUGUGGGUGCCUCUCCAACAUAUUUAGCAAAUAAUAUGUGAACCCAAGCAGGGCCGGCACUUCCAUUUAGGUGGCCU